GUUAGCGCUUACAUCACUCUGUCUGCACAUCUGGGCGACCUCAUACGAGUAUUUAAAAAAUAAGAACUCAUACCCCUGGUUCUCUUACAGCGAUUCACCUGCUUUUGAUUUGUUCCACCUCCAGCCAUGCUGGCUAUACUGGCCUUCAUCAUCCUCUUCCACAUUGUCUCUAUUUUACUCCUCUUCAUCGCGACCAUAAAGAAUGCGUGGUGGGUGACGGAUGGUGUGAUUUUCCAAACUGACCUGUGGUACAGCUGUAAUUCCACAAAAUGCUAUGAGAUUCCGAACAGUGCAUCCACGACAGCAGGCUACCUCCAGGCUGUCCAGGCCACAAUGAUACUCGCCACCAUCUUGUGCUGCGUGGGCUUCUUCGUUUUCAUCCUGCAGCUUUUCCGUUUGAAGCAAGGCGAGCGAUUCGUCUUCACUGCCAUCAUUCAGCUGCUGUCCUGCCUGUGCGUGAUGAUCGGAGCGUCCAUCUACACGGCCCAGCGCACGAGUUUCCAGAGCACUGAGUUCUACAAGGGCAGUUACGGCUAUGCCUUCAUCUUAGCUUGGGUCGCCUUUCCAAUGACUCUCAUCAGCGGCCUGAUGUAUCUAGUGCUGAGGAAACGCAAGUAAAGCACAACAGCCCACCUCAUCAGCUGACACCAGCUAUGGCCUCCCAGCUCACGUCUGAGUCGAUUUAUUUUGUAAAUAUACGUUUUUUGUUGUUGUUGUUGUUGUUGUUUUGUGUGUAGUUCAAAUACA